GCAGCAAGCAACUUCAAGCUCUCAUCAAUAAUUGUUUCCCUUUCAACCUGUUGCAUACCUGCACACACUUUCACCAAAUAAUCCACACCAAAGUCACAGUCCAGCUUUCCCUUUUACUCCUUUAAACCGUCUGUCAUACAAAAAAAAAAUAGAUGGUAUUUUUGUAAAGGAUUCGCCUUUCCCCGGAUUUCGGGCAAAAUCACAAUUAGAUUGAUUGGCUUCUUCUCAUCGCAGUGGACCGCUUUAUGUUUAGCGAGCAACACCAACAUCUCUCUCUCCGUCACUUCUACUUUGGGAGUUGACAAAGGGGCGGCCUGCUUGCCAUAAGACUGAGCCUACUUUCCAGGUCUAACACCGUUAAAUGAUUUGAUUUUUCUUACCUGAAGGAGGGCAAACAAAGGACUGGACCAAGUUUUCCAUCUUCAAGCCCUGCGGUAACCUGCCGCCACCCCUCAUUUGCGUGUGACGGGGUCGCCCUCAUAAUGGAGGAAGACGCCGUCAUGGAGGGCGAUGGCCCGCUGCCGGUCAACGGCGAUUCAAACGGUUACCCAAACGCCAGGGACAUCGCCGCGGGCUUCAACGACGAUCAGAUGCAGCUCCAGUUUGGGGACGAUGAGGAUGGCGAUGUGCAGCUCCACCUGGAAGACGAUGGCGACAACGAGCUGGAGCUGUACAACCCGCGGGAUUUUCCCGAUGACUUGCGCCGCCGCGGUCUCCUGCCGACGGGUUGCUGCUACGACGACCGCAUGAAGCUCCACGCCAACGCCGACUUUGGCGCCGGCCCGCACCACCCAGAGGACCCGUCCAGGAUCGAGGCCAUCUUCAAAACGUUCAAGCAGGCGGGGCUCGUCUUUACCGGCACGGAUUCCGAGCUGAUUGACAUCAUAGCAAACAAGCCGUCGUCGUACAUGUGGCGGAUCCCCGCGCGCGAGGCCACAAAGGAGGAGAUUUGUCUGGUGCACUACGCAAAGCAUUACGACUGGGUGAAGGAGCUGUCUACAAAACCGACGGCCCAGCUGCGGAGGCUCACAAAGGAGCUGGACAAGGGCCAGACGAGCGUUUACGUGGGCAGUUUGACGUUUGAGGCUUCGCUCAUCUCGGCUGGUGGUGCCAUCGAGACCUGCAAAUCCAUCGUGUCCGGACAGAUCAAGAACGGGUUUGCUGUCAUCAGGCCGCCGGGCCACCACGCCGAACAGGACUCAGCCAUGGGGUUCUGCAUUUUUAAUAACGUACCGAUUGCUGCAAAGGUGUGCCAGGCGGAAUACCCAGAGAUAUGUCAAAAGGUUUUGAUAUUGGACUGGGACGUACACCACGGCAACGGGAUUCAAAACGUAUUUUACGAAGACCCAAACGUGCUUUACAUAUCCCUUCACGUCUAUAAAAAUGGCGAGUUCUACCCUGGAAAACCCGAAAACCCCAUGACUGCCGACGGCAGCAUCAGCUCAUGCGGUUCCGGGCCAGGGUUGGGACGGAAUAUCAACAUUGGCUGGGACGACCAAGGAAUGGGCGACGGCGAAUACAUAGCUGCAUUUCAAAAGAUCAUCAUGCCCAUCGCACACGAAUUCAACCCGGACCUGGUCAUCAUCUCGGCCGGAUUCGACGCGGCCGCGGGCGACCAGCUCGGCGGCUGCUUCGUGACCCCCCCAUGCUACGCCCACAUGACACAUAUGCUAAUGUCUCUGGCGCACGGCCGCGUGGCCGUCUGCCUGGAGGGCGGUUACAACUUGUCGGCAAUCUCCAAGUCGGCCCUCGCGGUCGCCAGGACGCUGAUGGGCGAGCCGCCGCCCAAAAUGGGCAUGGCCAGCCCCAAGAUCAACAGGGAGGCGGCACGGCUCCUAGCGCAGGUCCAGGCGUAUCAAGCGCCGUACUGGGAGUGCAUGCGGCCCGGCGUCGUCGACGUCGAGGAGGAGCAGCGGCUCGGAUCUGAGAGGCUUCACGACGUGAUCCGGCAGGCUCAGAAGUGGAAGCUGAGCAAGGACUUUGGGAUGCUGCCACUCUAUAUACAGCGGGAGAAUGCGUACAAGAGCUUUGAGAACCAGGUGCUCGUCACGCCUAGGAUACACUUGGCGAGGAAGAUCAUGGUGAUUAUACACGAUGCGCCCGAGCUUCUUGCCCAGCCGGACCCCUUGGACAAUCAUUUGGAUCCUCACAAUGCUUGGGUGAACGACGGUGUAUACCAGUAUAUCAACUGGGCAGUCAAGGAGAAGUUUGGCGUCAUCGACGUAAACGUACCGCAAUACAUAACAAGGCCAGAGGACACCGACGCCCACACCCGCGCCACUGACGAACGCGAGCUCCAGAGGCAAAUACUCGAAAUUACAACCUUCAUCUGGGACAACUACCUACAGCUGUACGACUCUGCCGAGGACAUAUUCCUGAUCGGGGUCGGAGCUGCGUACCUGGGGAUCAAGACACUCCUCAUCAACCGCGAGUGCAAGCCGCGCAUCUCGGGCGUCGUCUCGUUCGUCACGGGCAACCUGCGACCCGUGAAAUCGGAUGUGGACCCGGACCUGUCGACUUGGUACCGCGACAACUCGCGCAUCUACGUCGGUUCCGACCACGCCUGUUGGCUCGACAACGACCUCACCCGCAAGGUCAACAAGCGUCGCUUCGGCGCCGUCAAGCGCAGCCCCGUCACGGGCCUUGCGCGCAUGAUGCGCGAGCACGCGCAGGAUGCCCAGGCUUGGAUCAGGGGCCGCGUCAGGACGCCUGAGGACGGCGGGGAUACGACUGAGGAGGACGAUGGGGUGAGGGAGUAGUGCGAUGCUUCUGAUGACGCUGACGGUGGUAACUGUGCUUGUCUUUGUCUGGAUGUUUUGUUGUUACUUGUGCGAUGGGGAGAGGGAAGGGAGAGUCUGAAAUACCUAUUCGAAGGACACGGGGAGGGGACUGUUCAUGCGUCUUUUUUUUUUUCUUUUGUGUGUGUGGUUACCUUUUUAUGUUGCCGUAACGAACUAAAGAAAGACAUUUUUCUCACUGUUUUUUAACUUUGCUUUUGUUCUCUAUAGCCGUCUAGAGAGCUAUCUUGACUCUUUUCAGUCUCAAGAAUAGGCGCCUGGCAAGGAAAGAAGGGAAGCCUCGCCCGGUGGAGUAAGCAUGCAUCUUCUAUUUUUAUA